AUGACUUCCAGCUCGUACGAUUACAGUCCACCCAGCUGUGCAAAGGACUUUGCCUGCAAGACUGCAGCACAAAUUGGUGCGCAAGAACAUGCCGCCUGCGUGGCGGCAGGAAACUUCAUGAAUCUGAAGCAGGAGAUGCAGACGGGCAACAUCUUCAAGUGCCGUCGCUUCGAGCCCGCCGGAUUGCCCUGCGAUGUAUAUGCCAUGGCCCAAACUGGGAGCACUUGGUCGGACGACUGCAUGAACGCCGAUGGCACCUUCACGUCAGUUACAUAUGACUGCUCCCUCGCCCAGUUUGUGACGCUGAUCCAGGAUUACCACGUGCGGCUGGCCAACGUCUUUGCGCGGGUGGACUCGGCCACGGGCUCCGUGCUCACGAAGAUCCAGGUGGACCUCAAGGCUUUGUUGGAUCUGCACUUCCUGACCCAAAUCGAUGCCAUUGGAAACGGCGUGACGUGUGGUUUCAUGGGCACCUCCUUCCAGAACGUCAUCGACGGCCUAUGCUACGGUGGUGUCUGGGGUGUGAAGGCGGUUUCCAGUUCCUAUGCUGCCUGCGCCGCACUGACAUUGAGUCUGGUGGUGCUGAUGUACAUGGUGUGGCGUGUGUCCUUGGACAAUGUGAACUCCUGCUCGAAGGUCGCUGACGUCAGCCACGAUCCAGUUGUGCCAUUGCGAUGA